GCAGGCGCGGUGGGGCGGCGCGGCGCCAUGUUGCCGGAGCGGCGCAGGGGGCGGCGGUGAGCGCUGCGCGCCGGGCACCUCCCUCCGCCCUCACCCGGCCCCCAGGGGCCCCCCGGGGCCCCCCGGCACCAUGAGCGGCGGUGGCGGUGGUGGUGGCGGCCGGGUGUGCGACCUGUCCCGGCGCAACCCCCAGGAGGACUUCGAGCUCAUCCAGCGCAUCGGCAGCGGCACCUACGGCGACGUCUACAAGGCUAGAAAUGUCAACACGGGUGAGCUAGCAGCUAUCAAAGUAAUAAAACUAGAACCAGGAGAAGAUUUUGCUGUUGUGCAGCAGGAAAUCAUUAUGAUGAAAGACUGUAAACAUCCAAACAUCGUUGCUUAUUUUGGCAGCUAUCUCAGACGAGACAAGCUAUGGAUUUGCAUGGAGUUUUGCGGAGGUGGCUCUUUACAAGAUAUUUAUCAUGUGACUGGACCGCUCUCAGAACAGCAGAUUGCAUAUGUUAGCAGAGAAACACUACAGGGAUUAUAUUACCUUCACAGUAAAGGAAAAAUGCACAGAGACAUAAAGGGAGCAAACAUUCUUUUAACGGAUAAUGGACACGUAAAAUUAGCUGAUUUUGGAGUGUCUGCACAGAUAACAGCUACAAUUGCCAAAAGGAAAUCAUUUAUUGGCACCCCAUAUUGGAUGGCACCAGAAGUUGCUGCAGUGGAAAGAAAAGGUGGCUAUAACCAACUCUGUGAUCUGUGGGCAGUUGGAAUAACUGCUAUAGAGCUUGCUGAACUUCAGCCUCCAAUGUUUGACCUACAUCCAAUGAGAGCACUUUUUCUAAUGACGAAAAGCAACUUCCAGCCUCCUAAAUUAAAGGACAAAAUGAAAUGGUCCAAUAGUUUCCAUCACUUUGUGAAAAUGGCACUUACAAAAAAUCCUAAGAAAAGGCCUACAGCUGAAAAGUUACUACAGCAUCCUUUUGUUACUCAGCCACUAAAUCGAAGUCUUGCUAUUGAACUUCUGGAUAAAAUGAAUAAUCCUGAUCAUUCCACUUACCAUGACUUUGAUGAUGACGAUCCUGAGCCUCUUGUAGUGCCUCAUAGAAUUCAUUCAACAAGUAGAAAUGUGAGAGAAGAGAAGACACGCUCUGAAAUAAACUUUGGUCAAGUAAAAUUUGAUCCACCUUUGAGGAAAGAAACAGAGCCACAUCAUGAAUUUGAUCUACAGCUAGAAUAUGGUCAUGGUCCUCAGGGUGGCUACUUCUUGGGUGCAAAUAAGAGUCUCUUAAAAUCAGUUGAAGAAGAACUGCAUCAGCGGGGACACGUGGCACAUUUAGAAGAUGAUGAUGAUGCAGACGAUGAUGCUAAACAUGCCACUAUGAAACCUAAAGUACCACCUCCUUUACCACCAAAGCCUAAAUCCAUCUUUAUCCCCCAAGAAACUCACUCUUCUGAAAAUGAUAAUCAAGGGACAAUCAAGAGAUGCCCAACAUCUGAGAGUCCAGCAAAAUCUGCAUCUCAAGUUCCACCCAGACCACCCCCACCACGGUUACCUCCACAGAAAUCUAACGUUUUAGGUAAUGGCUUCGCUUCCGUACAAUUAAAUGGUGAAAGAGAGGGAUCACCACAUCAACAGAAUGAAGAUAGAGACACUAAUUUUUCAAGGAAAGAAAAGAAAGAAAUACUGAAACCAAUUAGUAAUGGCCUUCCUCCCACACCUAAAGUACAUAUGGGUGCUUGCUUUUCAAAGGUUUUCAAUGGCUGUCCAUUAAAAAUUCAUUGUGCAACAUCAUGGAUAAAUCCAGAUACAAGAGAUCAAUACUUGAUAUUUGGUGCAGAAGAAGGUAUUUACACGCUGAACCUCAAUGAACUUCAUGAAACCUCAAUGGAGCAGCUAUUUCCUCGAAGGUGUACGUGGUUAUAUGUCAUGAACAAUUGUUUGUUAUCAGUAUCUGGUAAAGCUUCUCAGCUAUAUUCCCAUAAUCUGCCAGGACUCUUUGAUUAUGCAAGGCAAAUGCAAAAGUUACCUGUUGCUAUUCCAGCACAUAAACUCCCUGACCGAAUACUUCCCAGGAAGUUUGCGGUGUCUACAAAAAUUCCCGACACCAAAUGGUGUCAGAAGUGUUGUGUUGUGAGGAAUCCCUACACAGGUCACAAGUACCUUUGUGGAGCACUACAGUCUAGCAUUGUUUUGUUAGAAUGGGUUGAACCAAUGCAAAAAUUCAUGUUAAUCAAGCACAUAGAUUUUCCUGUACCUUGUCCACUGAGAUUGUUUGAAAUGCUGGUAGUCCCAGAGCAGGAAUUCCCUUUAGUUUGUGUCGGUGUCAGUAGAGGAAGAGACUUCAAUCAGGUGGUGAAGUUUGAGACUGUCAACCCAAAUUCUACCUCUUCAUGGUUUACAGAAACAGACACUACAGAGACAAGUGUUGUACAUGUAACACAGCUGGAGAGAGAUACCAUUUUGGUGUGUUUGGAUUGCUGCAUAAAAAUAGUGAAUUUGCAAGGCAGGUUAAAAUCCAGCCGCAAGCUGUCAUCAGAGCUCACAUUUGACUUUCAAAUUGAAUCAAUAGUCUGUCUACAGGACAGUGUGUUAGCGUUCUGGAAACAUGGAAUGCAAGGAAGGAGUUUUAGAUCAAAUGAGAUCACACAAGAAAUUUCUGAUAAUACAAGGAUAUUCAGGCUUCUGGGAUCUGACAGGGUCGUGGUGCUGGAGAGUAGGCCGACAGACAACCCAACAGCCAACAGCAAUUUAUAUAUCCUGGCAGGGCAUGAGAACAGUUACUGAGAACAGCGCACGGCAGCUCACCAUGACAAGAUAGCACUCCUGCUGCAGCGAUCAUGGCUGGCUGAAAUUGCACAAAAGCUGCAGUAACCCGACUUCAGUUACUUUAUAAUUUAUUGUGGCAUGAGAGAAAGACGAGAGUUGUUUGUGGUAUGGACACAUAAGCAUUAAGAUACCACAGAAGUGCUUAAUUUACUGUUAUGUAAUCUUUGUACAUAUGCAGUAUUUUUCAGUGAAACUUCGUGCUGAAGACCUACACUGACUUUUUGUAGAUAGUAGUCCUCCUGUUAAGUACAAGUGUCUUACCUGUACAGAUGUAAAAGUCACUGAGGAUGCAAAAAUGAAAUCGGGGUACUAUUUUAAAGACUUGUCGUGUGUUUAUUAUAAAGUGGGAUGCUAGCAACAAAUAUAAUUCAUUUAACAACACUAUUGUAUUUUAUUAUAUGUAAUUUACUAAUACAAAUAAAUCCUAACUUUUAGAAAUUGUAACCAAGGCUGUAAUCAGAUUACAAUCUUGUUUUAAUUUUGAUGCAACACACUGGUGUUCAUGUUUGCACAACGUAUUGAGAUGUGAUGUAUUUAGUCACAAAGGUAAGCUGUGACUUUGUGGAUAUGACUUGGGCUUCACAGUUCCCUUUUUUUUUUUUUUCCUUAAGUUUACUCGGGUAGUUUUCUUUGUGAAACAAACCAGUUAAACACCUGUAUUUUUAUAUUUAAUUAAAACUCUUUACGAUUACUUCUCUAUGCUUGAAAACAAUACUUUCUGGAUGGGUGUCAAUCCCAGACUAGUGGUACCUUCCUGUAACACUGCAAUAGGUGUGUUUGAAUUAUUAGUGUAUACAAUGAUAAAAAUUAGUAUUACUGUUCAUCUUACUAAAUAGUUUCAUAUCACAAUGAAAAGCAGCAACAUUCCACAUUGUGGAAAUGGCUCAAAGAUGUUGUCAUUUUUGACUUUUUUUGGCCUUAUAACCAUUUUCACACUUUUUUUUUUCAAUUUAGGAUGUUAACAUAUGGCCAAAAUAAUUUAGUUACUACCUCAUUCAAACAAUACAAUGGUUACUACGCAUCACAGGAACUUAGUUUUGAUCAGAAGUAUUUUUGAUUGCUAUUUUCCAAUGGAGUAUGUAAAUGCCAAGUUUUAGCAAAAUGCACACAUUUGACUCCUUUUUUGUAUAUGUUCUUUAUAUUUUUUUGUGAUAAUAUACACUAAAACCAAACUAAAUUUAAAGUGAUUUAUGGCCUGCAUUAUUGUUGUGAUUGGUAAUGCUUUGAAAUAUGUUCCCUAAUGUAUAUAAUGUAAAAUAAACUUUUUUUAACAUGUUGUUGUA